CUCGGCCUCUGGACUCUGGACGCUGGACGCUGAGGGCUGUGUGUGGGCAUGUCGGCCCGGGCAUCUUGCUACCCCAUAGUCUGCUAUUCUGGCACAUACGUAGGUAGGUCCUUGUGGGUACCGCAGUCAUCAUCUCAUGGUCUUGUCCCGUAUGUGGGGACGAUUGUUUGCUCUGCACUCUUGCAUCAGCCAGCGCUGAGCAGCCGGAGCCGCAUUGCAAUCUCACCUCUGGCCGGCAUCCAUCUGCGACGCGGGCCUUGUUCAUCCAACCUUAACUGCGCCAAGCUUUUGGGCCCCAGCUGCGGCCUUAUUGCUGGUGCCCUUGGCAUCCCUGUACAGGCACAGGCACAGGCACAGGCACAGCACACCGAGCACCUGGCUUCACACACGUUCCAAAACCUGGGGUACUUUCCCACCAGCAAGUACGGGGCAUGUGUACUCUGUGCAGAGUCCAGACGAUGUGAUGGCCAGCCUCGCCCUUCUUGAUGGGGAGGUCAUCUCUUUUGCUGAGUCGGCCAUGAUGUGUUGCUGUCGGCAACCCAACAUUCAGUCCAGUCAUCAUCACAUCAACAUCACCAACUGUCGUGGUUCCGGCUCGGCCAGGCACGAGAAACAUCGCCACGGCUGAUCGAGAUGCUCCAUCAGGUACUCCACCAAGUACUCCACCAAGCAUACAACUGACCCUCGGACGUCUGGGCGUCUUCCAAAUCAGCAGGGCUGCACCGGCCAUGUGUGAGGCCCGGCACCUGUCCAGCCUGUCCAGCCUGUCCUCCAGUCAGGUGCGGUGCUCCGUCCCUCAGCCCUCUCUGGCCCGACCCCUGCCCACACCCCUGUCCGCGGCCGGCUUGGCUCCUGCGACGACAUCUUCGUCGCAUGAGGUUUCACCUCGGACGGGAUCUUCUUACCCUGCCAUCACUUUGAAGAAUCUCCUUUCGACAGCCCGCCAUGUCCAUGUCGCGACAUGGUGUUCGUCUCUGGGCCUUCCCGGACGGUGCCAAGCCCUCUGUGCCGCCGCCUGCAUCCCAUAUAUCAGCUUUCGUCCUCAGACGCUCCUUCAGAUGAUUUUCCCCCUCUCCUGCCGCUACUUUGACUAACGCAAACUUCUUUUCGCUCUCUAUACUGAAGUUCUUGCAAGUCGAGACCUCCCGACUCACGUUGAUCGUGGUCCCAACAUAACUAGUACUUUGUAAUUUGUCGUUUGUGCUUCGCGUCGACUGGUCUUCGCGUCGACUAGUCCUUCCAUUCUUUGUCUCGUCCCUUCUACUGUCCACACGCUCCCUCACCGGUACCCGAGAAAACAAAAUGGUCUCCAAGGCAUUCUUUAGCGCUGCGGCGCUCUUCACCCUGGCCCUCGCCCAGCAGAGGGGAGGCGGAGGCGGCGGCGGCAAUGGCGGAAACAACAACGGCGGGAACAACGGCCAGAACGGUCAGAACCAGGGGAACAACGGUGGCAACAACGCCAACGCCGACUCGACGACUCUGAGCGAUAACGCGGUCCAGACCGGCUCCUUCUCCGACGGCUCCCAGGGCCUCGGCGCCGAGGACGGACAGGCCGCCUCUGCCACCUCCAAGAACAACUUCAUCAACGAGUGUGCCGGCAAGACCCUCACCAACGGUCUCCAGAUCACCGAGGGCUCGUGUAACGGUAUCCCCAUGGGAAACAUCCCCGCCAAGAACCAGAUGAUCUCGUCCAUCAUCACCUUCCCCCAGAACGGUGAUGAGGUCCCGGCCGAGCAGGACUUCACCAUCAGCGUCCAGACCCAGAACCUCGAGGCUGGCUCCUUCACCAACGCUGAUGCCACCUACUACGCCGCUCCGCAGAGGCUCAACGGUCAGGGACAGGUCAUUGGCCACACCCACGUCACCGUCCAGGACUUGGGCAACUCUCUGAAUCCCAGCCAGCCCCCAGACCCGACCCAGUUCGCCUUCUUCAAGGGUAUCAACGAUGCUGGCAACGGACAGGGUCUGCUGUCUGCCGACGUCGCUGGCGGUCUCCCGGCCGGAAACUACCGUCUCUGCACCCUGACCUCCUCCUCCAACCAUCAGCCCGUCCUCAUGCCCGUCGCCCAGCGUGGAUCUCAGGAUGACUGCACCAAGUUCACCGUGUCUGCUGGCGGCGGCGGCGGCAACAACGGGGGCAACAACGGGGGCAACAACGGGGGCAACAACGGGGGCAACAACGGGGGCAACAACGGCCAGAACGGUCAGAACGCUCAGCAAGGAAAGGGCAAGGGCCAGCAGGGCCAACAAGGCCAACAGGGACAGCAGGGUCAACAGGGACAGCAGGCCCAGCAGGGUCAACAGGGUCAACAGGGCCAGCAGGCCCAGCAGGGUCAACAAGGUCAACAAGGUCAACAGGGCAAGGGCAAGGGCGGUCGCCGCAGCCUGUCUAGGGACAAGCGCAGCCGGCUCGCCAAUCUCAGCACCCGUGACUUUGUCGCCUGAAUUCGGCACGAGCUGGGGCUAGUUCUAUGAAGUGCCGUGUCGAGGGGACACGGGUCCUGUGCGACAUGACCGAGUCUUGUCCGUCCACUCGGCUUUGCGGCGGGGCUGAUGUUUGCUUGAUCAGGGGUGUUUUUCCAAGAAGGGGUCGGGGGUGGCUUGGGGUUUGGAUUGUACCGUGCUAGACGCGAAACGAGAAUGAUAAUGGUGUACAUAGAGCUGGCAAGAG